UCUCUACUUGAUGCUGAAACUCCGUGCUUGCAAAAGUUUUGCAGCUGCUGCGGGUUCAAGAAACGAGGAGAUGAUGGACACCUUCACAAUAGUGAGUUUGGUUCUACAACUUCAAUGCAGAGCAAAAGUACAGUUCUUCUUAUGAACGAUACAGAGGGACAAGAGGUUGAAGACAACGCUGCGAACCUUGAAGCUGUUCUUGAACCUGAAGAUGAUGAUGAACAACCUAUUCUAGAGGAGGAACCUCAGGGAGAACAGGAGGGGGUGGAGGACCCACCAGAAGAUACUGAAGCUGCAGGUGAUGAAGAUCCUGACGCUGCACCUGAGGAAGGGGGUGAAGGAGAAGAAGCACCGACAGAAGAUGGCGAAGGAGAUGCACCAGGAGAGGAAGGAGAGGCACCACCAGCAGAAGGAGAAGAAUAGAAGAAUGAGAUGAUGGUGAACUAGAAGUCUUAUGGGGAAAAGAAGGACAACAAUUAUCUAUUUCGUCACAGAUUCUACAGAUGGGACCACAGCUGUGGUUAUUGGGAUUUAAUUCUGAUACUUUAAGAUUAACUUUAGUCUUUAAGAUUAACUUUAAUC